CGGGCACCGGUAAGCAGUCUCCCCAAACCCAAACGCCGCGACUACAGCAACCAGCCAACCAUGGCCAGGCCUCCUCCGCUGAAACUCCCGUGCGACCGCCCGCUGCCGUAUCUGCACGACAGCCUCAUCGAUGAGAUCCUCCUCCGCGUCCCGCCGCACGACCCUGGGCGCCUCGUUCGCUGCUCGGCCGUCUGCAAGCUCUGGCGCCGCCACCUCACUGACCCCAACUUCCUUGGCCGCUACCGCGCGUUCCACAGGGUGCCUCCCAUGCUAGGCUUCCUCUUCAACCUAGCCGAUGGUUGCUUCGUUGUGCGGUUCGUCCGCACCACCUCCUUCCGCCCUCGUACCCUCGACCACGCCGGUUGCUACGUGCGCGACGCCCGCCACGGUCGCAUCCUCUUCUGCAACAUCAUCAGCGAGAAGAGAGGAUUUCACCUCUUCGUAUGGAGCCCCGUCACGGAUGAGCGGUGGGGGCUGUACAUACCGUUCCCGUUCUACCAUUUCGUGGCGGCUGUGGCGGUGCUCUGCGCUAAGGCCGCGCGCGAAGGGGGCUGUGACUGCGACCACCUCAACUGCCACAGCGGGCCCUUCCUCGUCGCAUUUGUUGCCACCGACGAAGAUGGGGUGACGUGUGGCUGCGUCUACUCCUCGGAGACCGGCGCCUAUAGCAUCAUGACCUGUGCUCAACACCCCAAUGGUACCGAGGACAUGGACACAUUGGAUCCCGUCGUGCUUGUGGGAAAUAGGAUCUACUUCCCCGCUGGACAGAGCAAGACCAUCGUGGAGUACGACUUGGGUCGCCAGAAACUCGCAUUUCUCGAGCCGCCGCCGUUACCGCACCAAGGUCACGGUAUCCUCAUGCCGGCAAUGGGAGGUGGUCUGGGGUUCGCCAGCGUGCGGGAGUCCUGCCUCUACAUGUGGUCGAGAGAGACCGGUUCUGAUAGAACUGCGGCGAUAUGGACGCAGAGCAGGGUAUUGGAACUCAACACACUGCCCGAUUGCGAAACUGCGCUUGGCUUCAGGGAGAGCUUGAUGGGGGAAGAUGUAGCUGUGGUUGGCUUUGCGGUGGGCCUCGACGUCAUCUUCUUGAGGACAGAUGUUGGCGUCUUCACGAUUAACCGGGAGUCAGGCCAAGUCAAGAAGAUGACCAGCAUAAGGCCCGACCUCGUCUUUCCUUACAUGAGCUUCUAUACUCCAGAUCAUGCUACGGGCUGACCACCAGUGCCAUGAUGAGAACACUGGGAUCCAUUCAUUCCAUGACGAUGAACCUUCAGUCGGUGCAUUGCCUUAUGGCAGACACAUGAUGCUUUAAGUGCUUCGUUUUUAGUUGAGUAUAUAAGCAAGCGAAGAGUCAGUGAUCGUGGCAAUUAGUUGUCUCCACUCCUGUUGAAUCCUUAGGACCUGGACUGAAAUCUGUGUCAGGUUAACAUUCAGAUUUUAUAAAUUCUUUGCAUAUGCUUGGCUAGGGAACUUGUGGAACUGAUACAUAAAUCCACCCUUUUUCCUGCAGUG